AUGAUGAAAUCAACCUUCCCAAUCUUCAGGACCGAACCAUUUUCCCUCUCAACAACACCUCUGAAACCCUUCAAGGCUUCCGUCAAACCCCCACCGCAAGAUUUCGAUUACAGACGAGAGAUCUCGGAGGAGUCUAGGACCGCCAUAGCCCAUUCUCACCCGGAGUUGCUGGACUUGGCCGACAAUGGGAGCUUGGUCUUGAUCCAGAAAAAUCGAUUUGGCCCAGUCCCUUCUUGGAGGACCGAAUUCGUGGAACCUGAAUCCAUUUGGUUGAUAGGAACUACUCAUGUUUCCAAGGAUUCGGCUAUGGAGGUUGAACGCGUGGUUCGUGCUUUGAGGCCUGAUAAUGUUGUUGUAGAGCUCUGCAGAAGCAGAGCUGGGAUCAUGUAUGUUUCUGCGGACGAAGAGCUUGGGAAACAAUUGCGUUCGAACAUGUUCUCCUUGAGUGGCACCGGAUUUUUUGGAGCUGUUGGUCGUAGCAUAAACCUAGGCGGUCAAACAGCGUUAGCAUUACGAUUACUUUUGGCUGCUUUUUCAUCAAAGAUUUCUUCAGAUAUUAAUCGCCCUUUCGGUGAUGAGUUUCGAGCUGCUCGAAAAGCUUCGGAGGAAGUUGGUGCACAAAUAGUUUUAGGAGAUCGACCAAUUGAAAUAACGCUUCAAAGAGCAUGGAAGACUAUGAAAUGGAUUGAGAAAUUAAGUUUAGUGUUAUCAGUUUUUCGUGGUAUAGCAUCUCCAUCUAAUAGUUCUGUAAAUAAGCUAAAGGAAACACGUUCGGGUGAUGAUAAAUUUCAACUUUAUGAGCAGCUGAGUUUAUCAUUUCCUUCUUUACUUUCACCUCUCAUACAUGAACGAGAUACAUAUCUUGCAUGGUCAUUGAAGCGUAGCAAAGCUGUGAAUAACAGUAAAAGGGUUGUGGGUGUGAUUGGAAAAGGCCAUAUGAACGGUGUGAUAUAUGCACUGUUAUGUGAUACAGGGAAUUUGAGAUUUAGAGACCUUGUAGGUAAAGAUUCAAAUGAUGGAGGUUCUGGUAGUUGGAUUGAUGACCUAAUCAAGAGUUUAGUGAGGGAUACAAUCAUUGGCAUAUUCUUAUGGGCCUUAUACGAAUUCAUAAAUGGAAGAGCAUAA